AUGUUAGCUAUGUAUUGGAAAAGAAACUAUUUAUUUCUUCUAUUUAUCUUUGUUACACAAAUCAUAACACAAGAUAUACGUUCAUUUCAUAUGUCUGAAAUGUUUGGUUGGCAAUUUGAAUGUGCUAAUACAACAUGUUUAUCAUUUAUCACUGCUACAGUAUCAAACAUUCGGCAGUGUCGAAUAAAUUGUUUAGCACAAGUUCAAUGUAAAGCAGUUAGUUUUCAUCAAUCAACUUCGAAAUGUGAAUUAUUUGCUAAUAUAACAAAUGGAAAUGUGAAUAUGUUAUCUAAUGCAGAUAUUAUUACUAUGAUCGUUAUUGACACAACACAGACUCCAUUGGAAUUAACCACAUCAAUAGUGACAGCAACAUCAAUAACAAAUUCAGCUAAUCCGAUAUCCAGUGCAAACUCAACAGCAAUACCAAUGUCAUCAACACUAUUAUUAACCUCACCACCAACAACAUCAUCUACACCAUCAUUAACUUCACCACCAAUAACACCAUCAUCUACACCACCAAUAAUAGCAUCAUCAUCAUCAUCGUCAACGACAACUACAACAACAUCAUCAUCCACGACGACAACAACAACAACAACAACAACAUCAUCAUCAUCAUCAUCAUCAUCAUCAUCAUCAUCAUCAUCAUCAUCAUCAUCAUCAUCAUCAUCAUCAUCAUCGUCAACGACAACAACAACAACAACAUCGUCAUCCACGUCGUCAACAACAACGACAACAACUACUUGCUACAGUAUGUUCUACAAUCAAACAAUUUACUCAGUUGGCUCUGCUCCCAUAUCAGUGGUAGUAGCAGAUGUAAAUGGUGACAAUAAAUCUGAUAUUGUCGUCGCGAAUCAUGGUUCGGAUAAUAUUGGCGUUCUUCUAAAUUCUGGUAGUGGGAUCUUUUCGUCUCAGAUUACCUAUUCGACUGGUUCUGGUUCAGGUCCAUGGUUCGUAGCAGUAGGUGAUAUGAAUCGCGACAAUAAAGUCGAUAUUGCUACUGCAAAUUACGGUGCGACCACUAUCAGCGUUCUUCUCAACAGAGGUAAUGGAACGUUUCUCUCUCAAGUUACUUACUCAGCUCUGUCGUAUGCCUACGCAGUAGCAGUAGCUGAUGUGAAUAAUGAUAACGCGUCGGAGAUUAUUCUUGCAAAUGCUGGAUCAAGUAACGUCGGUGUUUUUAUCAAUAAAGGCAACGGAACAUUUAAUAAUCAAAUUACUUAUACCGUUGGUGCCACUCCGGUGUCAGUACAAAUGGGUGAUGUAAAUAAUGAUAAUAAAAUCGAUAUUAUUGUCGCAAACUAUGGUUCAGGUACCGUCAGUGUUCUGCUAAACAUAGGUAGUGGAACAUUUGCUUCUCAGACUAAUUAUUCAGUUGAUCCAGGUCCGCAAUCGUUAGCAGUAGGUGAUUUCAAUAAUGAUAAUAAAAUCGAUAUUGUCACCGCAAAUGUCGAUUCGAACUCCGUUAGUGUUCUUCUCAACAAGGGCAAUGGAACGUUUAUGUCUCAAGUUACUUAUUCAACUGGUUCUGGUUCUGGUCCAUAUUCAGUAGUAAUCGGUGACAUAAAUGGUGAUAAUAACCAAGAUAUUAUCGUCGCAAAUCCUGGUUCGAAUGCCAUCGGUGUUUUUCUCGGUACAGGCAAUGGAACAUUUCUUUCUCAAUUAAUUUACUCGGUUGGUGCUAGUCCGCAUUCAGUAGCAGUUCGUGACGUAAACAAUGACAAUAAACUCGAUAUUGUUGCAGCAAACUAUGAUAAAUAUGUAAUAGCUAACACUAGUAGUGUUUUCAAAGUAGAUCUCCCGGUUCACAACGUAAUUGUACAUUUGAUUAUAAUAGAUCAUCAUAUUCAUUUUGUAAUUGUUGUUACUAAACUAAUUGCAAUUGAAACAUUUAAAUUAGUUGAUAUAAUAUCUGGUGAUAAAGAUGCAAUAAAUAAUUUAUUAAAUUUAUUUCGAGAUGAUCAGCAAAGUUUAUUAUUUGUUAAAGAUUCUGUAUUACUAGAACAUACUUUCAUUGCAAUUGAAGUUAUUUGGUGGUCAAUGGGAUAUUAUGAAGAUAUACAAAAUGAACGAACAACUUUAGAUUUAUUUCAAUUCGAACAACAAGAUUUAGAAAAAGCAUCAAUUGUUGUUAAACGUGAUUCAUAUUAUCAUUCAUUUUAUAAUCCACAUUGUUUAUUUGAACUUGAAAUUCGAUGGCUUGUUGCUACAUUAUGUAUACUUGGGGAUUUAAUUACACAAUGGUUACAACGUACAGAAAUAAUACUUGGUUCGAAUCAAGUUGAAUUUCAUCUUGUAUCAAUUCCAUGUGAUCUAUUUGCUGAAUUUGAUGCACUUAGAGGUAUUGUUUUUAUAUUCAAUAUAAGAUUUAAAAGUACUAAAAUAAUUGCUAAUAUUUCUGAUAAAGAUCAAAUUCUUCGAAUAAAUAACUUUCAAGAACUUAUUCUAAAACGUUAUAAUUUUAUUUUAAAUGCUUGUAUCAGUUAUAAAAAUGAAAAGAUUUAUUAUGCUCAUAUUAGUGGUGUUAUGUUAGUUUAUAUAAUAUCAAAUGUUUAUAGUGUUCAUUAUAAUAAUCGAUCAACAUGUGUUGUGUCAACAGGAAUAUCUUCUGAUGAUCAAUCAUUUCUACUUGAUUAUGGAUUUUUAUUGGUAUUAGAAUUUUUGUUUAGGAAAAAAUGGCGAAGUUCUCAAACAGAUGAAGAAAAAUAUCAAGAUAUUAUGUUAGCUGAUUUUCGAGCAUUUUGUGCCAUUGAUAAUAAUCGUUUAGUUAGUUUUUGGAACGAAUUAAAUGAUUUAGCAAAUGAAAAAAUAAAUGAAAAACAAUAA